AUGCCGGUCGUCAAAGGAGGUGUCUGGACAAACAUCGAAGAUGAAAUCCUCAAAGCCUCAGUCUCCAAAUAUGGCCUGAACCAGUGGGCUCGAGUUUCGUCGUUGCUCGCACGAAAGACCCCGAAACAGUGCAAGGCGAGAUGGACAGAAUGGCUCGACCCGGGCAUUCGCAAGAUCGAGUGGUCCAAAGAGGAGGAUGAGAAGUUGCUACAUCUGGCAAAGUUGAUGCCCACGCAAUGGCGGACAAUUGCGCCCAUCGUCGGAAGAACGGCCACGCAGUGCCUGGAGCGCUACCAGAAGCUCCUCGACGAAGCAGAAGCCCGCGAGAAUGAUGAAUUGGGUCUUGGAGGGCCAGAGGGCGGAGAAACUGCAGCGCCAACAGGUGACCAGGUUCGAAAACUGCGCCCUGGCGAGCUUGACCCCGACCCGGAAUCAAAACCUGCGCGCCCGGACACCAUUGAUUUGGACGAGGACGAGAAGGAAAUGCUCAGCGAGGCACGCGCACGUCUAGCGAACACACAAGGCAAGAAAGCCAAGCGUAAAGCACGCGAACGCCAACUGGAGGAGUCACGGAGACUUGCUGUGCUGCAGAAGCGACGAGAGCUCAAAAAUGCUGGCAUCAAUAUCAAAAUAACCACCCGCAAGAAAGGCCAAAUGGACUACAAUGCAGAUAUCCCAUUCGAAAAGCAGGCUGCGCCUGGCUUUCACGAUACGCAAGAAGAGAUGGCGAAGAAUGAGCGCGAGCGGGAACUGUUCGACCCCCGCAAGCAGCAACUGGCACGAAAGAGACAGGGAGAUCCCGAAGAUAACCUCGAUCCCAAACGACAAAAACAAGACAAGGACAAAUCAACAUCCGCCACGGCUGCUGCCGCUGCAAGAGCAGGACAAAUGCAACGACUACGAGAGGCCGAGCAACAAAGCAAGCGACGAGCCUUGAACCUGCCUGCCCCUCAGGUUAGCGAGAGUGAGCUGGAAGAGAUCGUCAAGAUGGGGAUGGCAGGGGAUAAGGCAGUGAAAGCAGCCGGGCGGGAGGACGGAGACGAACGGGGGCUUGUCUCUAACUAUGCGAAUAUGGUCGGAGCUACACCAAUUCGAACUCCCCGGGCCCCUGCAGAAGAAGACCAUAUCGCAAAUGAGAUCAGAAACAUCAGAGCACUCACAGAAACACAGUCAUCUCUGUUGGGUGGAGAGAAUACACCUCUGCAUGAGGGUAGUAGCUCGACAGGCUUUGAUGGAGUUGCGCCUCGAAGACAGCAAAUGAUCACUCCAAAUCCGAUGGCGACACCCUUGCGCCAAGCCGAAGGUGCAGGACAGUUUCCUGGGGCCACCCCUCUGCGCACACCCCGCGACAACCUGACAAUCAAUGAAAGAGGCGAAAGACAGCUUGUUGCUCAAACACCACGGGACAUGCGGUUGGCCGAGAACGUCGCAAGACAGUCACUUAGGGCGAAGCUCUCGUCUCUACCGAAACCCAAAGAGACAGAAUGGGAAUUAGAAGUGUUGCCGUCAGAACAAGAAGAGACCUCAGGCAGUGUCACCUUGAACAGAGAGGAUCAAGACGAAAUCGACAGGCGCGAGCGGCAAGCCCGGGAAGCAGCAGCAGCAGCAGAGUUUAAACGACAAACUCAAGUCUACCAACGAGCUCUACCUCGACCGACCACCAUCAACUACAACGCAUUGGCCUCAGAAGCGACCUCCAUAACUGAUCCGAUCCGAGCAAUGAUCGCACAAGAGGCGGCUCUUCUCAUGGCGAAUGACGCAAGCAAGUUCCCUCUUCCUGGCUCCAAGGUAAUUGGCAAACCUCCCCAGUUGAGAUCGCUGCCCGAUGACCUGCUGGAGAAGGCUCGUCAGCAGUUGAAGGCCACAUGCAACGAAACAGAUCGUCAAGCCUACGUCGCCGCAGUAGAGGGCCUUGUCAGCUCGGAGAGAGAAAGAAACGCGUUGCCGCUCAAGUUCACCGCGAACACAACCACAGAAGAGUAUUUGGCUGCUUUCAAAUCCGCACAACAGAAUCUUCUCUCUGCCGCAGAAGCAGGCAAUAAACUCGAGAAGAAGUUGUCGUUGCACCUGGGAGGGUAUCAAGCACGGCAAAAGACCUUGAAGCAGAAGAUUUCCACGGUCUAUGAACAAAUUGAGGAGCAGAGGGCACAGCUGGAUGCAUUUAGGACUCUGCAGAUUGGGGAAGAAGGUGCUUUGGCACGGAGGCUGGAGAGGCUGAGGGAUGAAGUGAGCUUUGUGAUGAGGAGGGAGAGAGAAGCGCAGGAGGAGUAUCGUGAGUUGAAGGAACGAAGUGCCGAGGUGAACGGCGUGAACGGCCAUUCAUGA